AUGUAUGUCGACACUUCCAAGCUCGCUACCGUGGCUCUCGCCACCAUCCUCUCCGCCAACUCGGUCCUCGGUGCGCCAAUCGCUGGACGCUCUUCCAACUUGUUGACCCGUGACCCCCGCGGCGGCCACCACUCUAGCUCUGGCGGUUCUACCGGUGAAAAGGUUUCGACUUGGACUGGUGCUUUGUCAGAUAUCACUG